AUGAGCGCCCCAAUGUUCUCCCUCGAGGGCCAGACGGCCAUGGUCACAGGCUGCACCCGGGGCAUCGGACAAGCGGUGGCCAUUGGCCUCGCCGAAGCAGGCGCCGACCUCGUCCUCGUCCAGCGAGACACCAGCGUCACGGCCACCAAGGAGGCGGUGGAAAAGCUGGGCCGCAAGGCGAGCAUCUACACGGCCGACAUGGCAGAGCCGCAGUCGGUCGCGGCGCUGACGCCCAAGGUCCUGGCCGACGGGCACGCGGUUCGCAUCCUGGUGACGUGCGCCGGCAUCCAGAGGAGACACGCCUGCGAGGAGUUCCCCGACAGCGACUUCAACGAGGUGAUGCAGGUCAACCUCAACGCCGUCUUCACGCUCUGCCGCGACGUGGGCGCGCACAUGCUGGGCCUCGAGCCGUCGGCCACGACAGGCCGCCGCGGCAGCAUCAUCAACUUUGCGUCGCUGCUCACGUUCCAGGGCGGGCUGACGGUCCCCGCGUACGCGGCGUCCAAGGGCGCCGUCGGCCAGGUCACCAAGAGCUUCGCCAACGAAUGGUCCUCGCGCGGCAUCACCGUCAACGCCAUCGCCCCCGGCUACAUCGACACGGACAUGAACGCGGCGCUGCUCAACAACCCCGAGCGCCUGGCGAGCAUCAGCUCCCGCAUCCCCGCCGGGCGAUGGGGCCGCCCCGACGACUUCAAGGGCACCACGGUCUACCUGGCGAGCCGCGCGAGCGCCUACGUCAGCGGCCACACGCUGGUGGUCGACGGCGGCUGGAUGGGGCGCUGA